CUUGAAUCUUACAUCUUAUUCAGCCGCAUGAGACGAAAAUCUCAUUGGUUGUGUGCAAAGCCACGAAUUGACAAAUCCAGACAAGGCUGCGUGCCAGGACGCAGCAUGAACGCGGGGAACAUGCGCCGUUCACCUCGCUCCUUUUCAAGCUUGCUAGCCUCAUGUCCACAACAUCCAUGUUCAUCAUCAACCUUUAUCAAUAAGAUUGAUAAGCCUGACACAGAAUGAGAGAACUUGAAGCUACACUAUACACAAUAGCAUGGAUUGCACCUUUGGAAAUCGAGGCUCAGGCAGCUUGUCAUAUGCUUGAUAAUCGCCACGAUGGAAAAUUCCCCAUCAGUCGAGGCGAUGACUAUGUCUUCCUCGCGGGUGAUAUCAACGGUCAUAACAUAGUCAUCGCAACCUUGCCUCCCGGCCAAGAAUAUGGAACCGGCUCAGCCGCUGCCCUUGCUAGCCAAAUCAAAAAGUUCUUCACCAAUCUCUGGUUCGGCCUCCUUGUUGGAGUCGCGGCAGGUCUUCCGAAUCUACGAAAGAUACCGCCAAUCGAUAUACGGCUUGGAAAUGUGCUCGUUGGAUUAUCCGAAGGAGAUAGUGCAGGCUUAGUCGCGUAUGACUUGGGGAAAGAGACUUCUGAGGGGUUUCAGCUUUUGAGGUUUGGCCAGGUCUUGGCAAAUACAGAGACAGUCGUCAGAUCAGCUAUUGGCAACAUCAAGAUCAGGGCACCAGGUGACACUGAUGUCUUCCUCCCCUUUUACGAGAGAAUCAAAGACAAGGAACACUCAAGAGGGACAUUCGCAGAUCCUGGCCAGGAAAAGGAUAUCUUCUACGACAUCAGUGAUGAUGGUGUUGAUAGCCCCGCCCAGAGGAUGCAACGGCCUACCGACAGGCGAACUCGCGUAUGGUAUGGUUCUAUCGGAUCUGGAGAGAAGUUGACGAAAAGUACCCUCAAGCGCAAUGAGAUAAGAGAUCGCUAUGGAGUGAUCGGCUUAGAGAUGGAAGCUGCAGGGACGAUGAAUCGCAUACCUGUUGGCGUGAUCAGAGGCGUUUGCGACUAUGCCGACCAGCACAAAAAUAAAGAGUGGCAGCCAUAUGCUGCUGCCAUGGCCGCAGCGUACGCAAAAGCUGUGAUCUAUGAAUUAGGCCUGGGUAAAGUGAUGCCAAGCUCCAGCAUGAUGAAUGGGGCAAAACAUGCCCUUUGUGGCACCAUCUUAUGUGACCUUCCACCAACUACAGACCGUUUCUUUGGACGAGAAACAGAACUUUUGGAGAUGGUCAAAUGUCUCGAGGCCACAACUCAACGGAGAGGCGUGGUUCUGUGCGGGAUAUCUGGGUCUGGUAAGACACAACUGGCUCGCGAGUAUGUGGCACAGCGAAGUGGAAGUUUCUCCGCGAUCUUAUGGAUCGAUGCAUCCUCAGAAGAGAGCAUAGAGGAGUCCUUUUCAAGCUGCUCAAGCCGUAUUCACGAAAACAACCCUGAAUUUCGAGCGAGGAGAGAGAGCACUUCGCCACGCCAGCUUGUUCUAGAAUGGCUUCGGACAACGCCCGAGAAGAACUGGCUGACUGUGAUUGAUAACGCUAAUGGACCUAUCCCGAACAAACGCCUAUUGGGGCCAUUUCAGGACAUUAAUCAUGGUUCUUUAUGCGUUAUUUCGACAAAUCAAGUUACAGCAAGAGCUCUGCGGCUCAAACACAUCCUUAUUGAGCAUCUUGACGCCCGGCGUCUCAGUCACUUCUUUUGUGGAGAGCUUACGAGAACGAUACAGAAUAUGAAGAAGAUGGCAAGACUUCCAAUUUCCUCUACUCUCGGAUACCACUAA